AUGCUCCCUCUUUUCCGCCGCGCCCUCACCACCAGCACCCUCCGAACCAUGGCCGAGUCGGCCCCCAAGCGUCUCAAGACCGGCGACGGCGUCCUCAUCGGCACCCACAGCGGCCACUUCCACGCCGACGAGGCCCUCGCCGUGCACAUGCUGCGCCAGCUGCCCGCCUACGCCGACGCCAGCCUCGUCCGCACGCGCGACCCCAAGGUGCUCGAGACGUGCCACACCGUCGUCGACGUCGGCGGCGAGUACGACGCCGCCCGCCACCGCUACGACCACCACCAGCGCGGCUUCGCCACCACCUUUCCCGGCCGCCCGACCAAGCUCUCCUCGGCCGGCCUCGUCUUCCUGCACUUUGGCCGCGCCAUCAUCGCCCAGCGCCUGCAAAAGGCCUCCUCCGAGGCUUCUGCGACCGAGGACAGCGCGCAAGUGUCCCUGCUGCACGGCAAAAUCUACGAGAGCUUCGUCGAGGCCCUCGACGCCCACGACAACGGCAUCUCCGUCUACGACCCCGCCGCCGUCGCCGCCGCCGGCCUCGCCAAGCGCUUCUCCGAGGGCGGCUUCGGCCUCGGCGCCAUGGUCGGCCGCCUCAACCCCAGCUGGAACGAGCCGGCCGCCGCCGACGCCGAUGAGGCGCAGCGCCGCGAGGACGCGCGCUUCCUGACCGCGAGCCGGCGCAUCGGCGAGGAGUUUGACCGCGAGGUCGACUACUACGCCACGGCGUGGCUGCCCGCCCGCGCCGUCGUCCAGGCCGCGUUUGAGAAGCGCGCGCAGCACGACGCCGACGGCCGCGUCCUCGUCCUCGAGGGCCAGAGCGUCCCCUGGAAGGACCACCUCUACACGCUGGAGAAGGAGGAGGGCAAGGCUUCGGUGCAGUACGUGCUGUACCAGGAGAAGCCCGAGCCCGGCGCCAAGUGGCGCAUCCAGUGUGUGCCCGAGAGCAAGGACUCGUUUGUCAGCCGCAAGCCCCUGCCCGAGGCCUGGCGCGGGUUCAGAGACGCCGAGCUGGAUGGCAUCGCCGGCAUCGAGGGCUGCGUGUUUGUGCACGCGGCGGGCUUCAUUGGUGGGAACGCGACGUUUGAGGGCGCCAAGGCCAUGGCCACCAAGGCGCUGGCCGCGUAA